CCAUGAGAUGGAAAUUGAGCAGUGCUUGCUGGAGUCGCUCCCCCUGGGCCAGCGGCAGCGGCUGGUCAAGCGGAUGCGCUGUGACCAAAUAAAGGCGUACUACGAACGAGAAAAAGCUUUCCAGAAACGGGAGGGCUACGGGAAGAAGCUGAAACAUGGAAAGAAUCAACGAGUUCAUUUUAAUCUUGCUGAUAUGAUACAGGAUGCAAUCAUCCGUCAUGAUGAUAAAGAAGCAUCCUGUAGUUUCUCUGUUUUAAAGCAAUAUGGUUUUACUGCUGUUGAUGGGCCACAUUCACCCACACUACUAGCAGUGAGCAUUUUGGGAGAUUCUGCAACUAUUAUUCUCAGUGUUGACAUGCAUAGAAGCAGAAUCUGAUGAAUAAGUGAACCUGCUGUUUUUUGACCCUGAUUUUGUACAUCUUUACUGCU